AUGUUGAAAGGAAGGAAAGUUUUCGAAAGAGGGGAAACAAUAACUCCAAACUACAUAUUUGGACCACUCGAAGAUGAUGUAAUUAUAAAACAUAGGCUACUCACUCGUACUACUACUACAAAGGGUGAACCCCGAUUGAAGAAACUUCAAAAGAAGUUUGCUUCAUUUGUUUCGAAAGUCGAGAAGAAUGAGGAUAAUUGCAAUGAUUGUGACAUACUUUUCAGAGCUUUCUUACGGGAGUUAUCUACUCUUGAGAUUCCGUUACACAAGAGGAAAGUAGUUAUUGAUGCUAAUAAAGUGAUAAUGGAUUUAGAGAAAGAAAUUGCUACUUUGGAUGUAGAGAAUACGACCGGUUCUAGGUUAUUGAAGCUUCGAAAGAAACAUUUUGCUCUUUUGUUGCAUAUGGUAGAUAAGUUACAAACCACUAUAGAGGAAGAUGAGAAGAAUUUGAUUGAGGAGAUAAGAAUGACAACUAACGAGUAG